GUCAUCCGGGGGAGAAGGAUGCAGCAAGCGGAUCAAGGCAUGGGAAGAGAAACGGGCUCUUACAGUGGGAAGUACCUCAACAGCAUUUACAAGGUACAGUGAUUGAUUUCCACUGUGUGCCUCAGCAGUGGGAGCUAAACCAGGUUUUCAUCCUCAGAGACCAAAGCAGCAGACAGCUGCAUCAGGAAAUACUCUGAUUCAGGGUGGGUUGUGACUGACGGCAUAAAGUCUGAACUGCCUGAGGACUGCAGCAUCAUCUUCUGGAUACGGAGGCUGCUUUUGACCUAAUUUCAAAGCCACUGUUUUCUGGCCGCACUUCCUGGCUUUGAAGGAUGGGUGAUGGGCCUGUGACUGAUCCUGCUCGCCUGCCUCAUCCUCCCGCCCUUCAAUGGAGCCGAUGUGGAACUCCUCCCACACACCUCCACCGCCCACAUCCAACGUGUCUGCCUCCUCUCUACCUGAGGGCUGGGCCCUGUCCCAGUCGCUAGCCCUGCUGGCCAUGCUGCUCAUGGAUCUGCUGGCUGUGGUGGGUAACGUGGCUGUCAUGGCAGUCAUUGCCAAGGCCCCACAGCUCCACAAGUUUGCCUUUGUUUUCCACCUGUGCAUGGUGGACCUGCUGGCAGCCCUGGUGCUGAUGCCCCUUGGCAUGCUCUCGAGCCGAGCCUUCUUCGGGGAGGCCCUCUGUAGGAGCUACCUCUUUCUCAGUGUGUGCCUGGUCAGUGCUGCCAUCCUGUCGAUCUCGGUUAUCAAUGUGGAGCGUUACUACUACAUCAUACACCCGAUGCGCUACGAAGUGAAGAUGACUGUCGGCCUGGUAGCUUCUGUGCUUGUGGGGAUAUGGGUGAAAGCCCUGGCAAUGUCUGCUCUGCCGCUACUCGCUUGGUUCCUGCAAGGUGGAAGACCUCCUCUUCUGGAGAGUAGUGGAGUUGGGGGAGGAGGUGGUGGAGCCGUCCCUUCUCCCCCUGCUCAGGGUCACAGGCGCUGCUCGCUGCACUGGACAGGCGGGGGGUCAAAUCGUUUGGCCUUCAUGGUUCUCUUUACUCUGGUUUAUUUCCUGUGCCCAAUGUUGGUCAUCCUCGUUGUUUACUGCAACAUGUUCAAAGUGGCUCGGGUGGCUGCCAUGCACCACGGGCCACUGCCUACCUGGAUGGACACGCCGCGUCGCCAGCGGUCAGAGUCUCUCAGCAGCCGUUCCACCAUGGUCACCAGCUCCGGAACAGGGACUGGUACAGGCAGAGCAACCCCACAGCGUCCUUUUGGGGGAGGAAAGGCUGCGGCAGUGUUGGCAGCUAUUGGUGGUCAGUUCCUGUGUUGCUGGCUGCCCUAUUUCACUUUCCACCUGUAUUCGGCACUGGCUGCUAGCCCACCGGCCGCACUGGCUUCCCUGGAGGAGGUGGUCACCUGGAUCGGCUACUUCUGCUUCACCUCCAACCCUUUCUUUUAUGGCUGUCUCAACAGACAGAUCCGAGAGGAGCUGGGCAAACAUCUGCCUUGUCUGUUUCGUCGAGCAGGGGUUGAGGUGGAGGACAGACUGCCAAGCCGCGAAGGAUCUAUAGAGGAAAACUUCCUACAGUUUCUUCAGGGCACCGGCUGCAACAUGGAUCCUCAAAACUCUCACAGCACUUCCAGUCCGAAGGGGGAGGCCUGCUGCCCCGUGACUCAGUCCCAGCCACCCGAGGCAACACAGCCCAUACCAAUCGAUUUCCGUAUCCCCGGACAAAUCGCAGAGGAGACUUCAGAGUUUAUUGAGACUGAACAGGCGAAAAACAACCACAUACAUACGGAUAACUGAGUUUAUAAUUU